GCUGCUUGGCGGGAAAGGCAGCUCGUUGGCGGGUUCGGAGGAGAAGCGGCCGGCGGGAGCGGGACAGCAGAGCAGCCGGAGCACACCCCAGCCCGGAGGGAGCCGCUCGGGGUGUUUCUCGGCCGACAUGCCUGCCGAGGGGGAGCUGCCAGAGGCCGGCGAGCCGCAGUACCUGCGGCAGGUCCGGCACAUCCUGCAGCACGGCCACCGGAAAGAGGAUCGCACCGGCACCGGCACCAUCUCCAUCUUCGGCAUGCAGGCGCGGUACAGCUUGAGAGAUCAGUUUCCACUGCUGACAACAAAGAGGGUAUUCUGGAAAGGAGUGCUGGAGGAGCUGCUGUGGUUCAUCAAGGGUUCUACAAAUGCCAAAGAGCUCUCUGCAAAAGGUGUGAAGAUUUGGGAUGCUAACGGGUCACGUGAGUUCCUGGAUAAGCAGGGUUUCAGCACCAGAGAGGAGGGGGAUUUGGGACCAGUUUAUGGUUUCCAGUGGAGGCACUUUGGAGCAGAAUACAAAGAUAUGCACGCAGAUUACUCCAACCAAGGAGUUGAUCAGUUGCAAAAAGUGAUUGAAAUGAUCAAAACCAAUCCAGAUGACAGAAGAAUCAUUAUGUGUGCUUGGAAUCCCAAAGAUAUUUCUCUGAUGGCUUUGCCUCCAUGCCAUGCCCUUUGCCAGUUCUAUGUUCUCAAUGGUGAAUUGUCAUGCCAACUCUAUCAGAGGUCUGGAGAUAUGGGACUAGGAGUGCCUUUCAAUAUUGCCAGCUAUUCACUGCUCACUUAUAUGAUUGCCCAUGUCACAGGGCUAAAGCCUGGAGAGUUCAUACACACAUUAGGAGAUGCUCACAUAUACCUGAAUCAUGUGGAACCUCUAAAAGUUCAACUUCAGAGGGAGCCAAGACCUUUCCCCAAACUCAGAAUUCUUCGUAAGGUUGAAGAAAUCAGUGACUUUAAGGCAGAAGACUUUCAGAUUGAAGAUUAUAACCCUCAUCCACCUAUUAAAAUGGAGAUGGCCGUUUAAUGUUAUAAACCAGCUUCUAGUAAUGUGGAAAUGCACCUGAGCUAUUUCGUUUUCUCUGUUCUUAAAGUUAUGGGGUUCUUAUAUACUUCAGAAGGUACAUACUUUAUUACUGAAAAAGAAACAGACUAUUAGACCAGUUCUGCCUUCAGUACAAAACUGUAGUUGUACAGGACGGAAGAUUAUUUAUUCCUGCUGUACAGUUUUAAGUUGUUAGUGAAAUUGUUUUCUACACAUUGUUUCAGUUACCAGCGGCCACCUCUGUUACCAUUCAGCUACUGUGUGUGAGUAGCAAUUACUUACAUGAUUUAGUACUGAAAAUAACUUUUACAUAUGAUUCCUUCAAGGUUGUAGAAGUCUUUAAAUAUGUUCUAAAGAGUAUAUGUUUAAUAAAGCUUAAAAAAAAUCUUCUAGAGGGAUGAUGCAUAUUUAA